UGUGCACAGCGCUCAUAUACACCGAUCAGCCAUAACAUUAAAUCCAGUGAUUGUGAAGGGAAUAACAUGGAUUAUCUGGUGUCGGGGGGAGGUAUAUUCGGCAGCAAGUGAACCGUCUGUUCUUAAAGUGCAUGAAAAUUAAGCAAGCGUAAGGAUCUCAGCAGCUCUAACAAAGACCAAAUUGUGGCAGAAGAGUGGAUCAGAACAUCUCCAGAAUAACUCCAUAUAUAGCCCUCUCUCUAUGGACUCCUGACGCUUCCUGGAUGUGGAGAACCUCCCCCUCCUCGUAAUGUUCUGUGUGCAGCAGAUAAAAGACAGACGCCUGAGCUCGGCCUGAGGAGCAGAGCACUCUGUGUGGCCCCUCGCCAUGUGGACUCUCAUAUCAUGGGCCCUACUGCUGCUGCUGGGACUGGCCGCUGCCUUCUUCCUGCUCUACUGCGCUUAUAUCCAGCAUACCCACAUGAAGUACGACCACAUCCCGGGACCCCCCAGAGACAGCUUUUUAAUGGGCCAUACUCCCACAAUGAUGAAGCUGGCCAAAAACAAUGAACUUGUCUACGAUUAUUUCCUAGACUGUACGGAAAAAUACGGCCCAGUUGUGCGUAUCAACGGCUUCCACAAAGUCUUUGUAAUUGUUUCCAGCCCUGAAGCAAUAAAGGAACUUCUGAUGACCAACAAACACCCAAAAGACAAAUUUUAUGAUCAAGUCUUCAAGUUAUUUGGAGUCAGAUUUUUGGGAAAAGGAUUGCUGACUGAAAGGGAUUAUGACCACUGGCACAAGCAGCGAAGAAUCAUGGAUCCUGCCUUCAGCAGACCGUAUCUAAUGGGGUUGAUGGGAACAUUCAAUGAAAAGGCGGAAGAGCUAAUGGAGAAGCUGGAUGAAAAGGCAGAUAAUAAAACAGAAGUUAAAAUGCAUGACUUGUUGAAUAGAAUGACCCUAGAUGUGAUUGCCAAGGUGGCAUUUGACUUGGAGCUGAAUGCUUUACAUGACGACAAGACACCAUUCCCAAGGGCCAUUCUCAUGGCAAUGAGAGGGUUAAUCGAGUUGAGGGAACCUCUUGGACAGUUUAUGCCUUCAAAGAAAAAAGUGAUCCAAGAAAUCCGAGACUCCAUCCGCUUGCUGCGUAAGACGGGGAAGGAAUGCAUCGAGAUGAGGCAGAAGAUGGUACAAGAUGGUGUAGAGGUUCCUACUGAUAUACUGACACAGAUACUCAAAGGAGGAGCUCUGGAAGACGACGAGCUCCUAAUAGAUAACUUCCUCACGUUCUUCAUCGCUGGGCAAGAAACGACCGCUAAUCAAUUAGCCUUUGUUGUCCAAGAAUUGGCCCGGCAUCCCGAGAUUUUGCAAAAGGUCCAGGCCGAAGUGGACGAGGUCAUUGGUUCCAGACGAUACGUUGAGACUGACGACCUUCCUAAAUUACGGUACCUGUCCCAGGUCCUGAAAGAGACCCUGAGGCUGUACCCCCCUGUCCCAGGAACCCCCAGAUUAUUAGAAGAGGAUUUUACAGUCGAGGGUGUCAAGAUUCCUAAAAACACAACAGUGGCGGUCUACUCCUAUAUCACCGGGAGGUUGGAGCAAUUCUUCAAAGAUCCACUCACCUUCGACCCUGACCGAUUUAGCCGAGACGCCCCGAAACCGUACUUCACCUAUUUCCCGUUUUCCCUCGGAUCGCGCUCUUGCAUAGGACAAAUAUUUUCACAGAUGGAGGCAAAAGUUGUGAUGGCGAAGCUGCUGCAGAGAUUCGACUUCGAGCUGGUGGAGGAUCAGACAUUUAAGAUCCUGGAUACGGGGACCCUGCGUCCCAUGGAGGGUGCCAGGUGUCGUCUCAGAGUCAGGGAGAGGCAGUAAAGCACUGAAAACAGAGACCUGUUCAAUUCCUUCUUUGAUACAAAUUGUUGAUUUAAAAGGGCCUGGAGACAUAGAGCCAUAGUCCGGAUUUACGUCUUGCACAAUGUGGUGAUUCUUGUGACCAGCCCUAAUGGAGUCAAGGUAAUGUACUGACAGUAAGUGAUUCCUCUUAUGUCAAGUUCCUAAGUUAUAUCUGUUUAUGGGAAAGCUGGGUGACAUAGGCACACAUACCGGUCAGGAGCCAGGGUGGCAACAUCUAUGGAGACUCUAAAGAGAAAAACAUUUUUCAUUUAAACAUUUUCUUGACCGUCCUGUUUUAUCAGAAAAUUCUGAUGUCACCCAGUAUUUAAAGGAUUCGGCCUCUUUGUAGUACGGCUGGGAAAUGGUUUUUCCUAUUAUUUUUAUGGCCUGAGACAGCGCCCUCUUGUGGUGAAGCUUCUUUUUGCAGCUGUAAUUUUUAUGUCCUGUUCUUUUUCAUUAUUUUUCCUCGCAGAUUUUUGGGGAAAGGUUUUGUGACCAAUUGUGAUCACUGGCACAAACAGUGUAGAGUCAUGGCUCUGCCUUGAGCACAACGUAAGUUAAAGUGUAUUCAUGUUGAUCCCCCAGAAAGACAGACAGUCCCAUGUAAAAAGGGGCACUGUACAG